CUUUGACUCUAUUUCCCCCUGUUACCUGUUGACCCCUGAAGUAGUAGAGUAGUACAAAUUAGAGAGAGGAAUCCAGUGUCUCUCAACACCAUUUAAGCAUUCCUUAAGCUGCUCAAUCACUCGCUAAAAAGACAAUCUCCUCUCAGCUCAGAUACGUAUAUGACAAGCACGUUAAACAGUUCCGCCGGUGCAAGUAAACUUACUGUGUAUAUAAGCCAUGCUGUGCCCAUCUCUCAUCUGAAUGCAAUCAGUAAUUCUAAGACUUAAGACCACUUUCAUCUUCCAGCAAAUGGCACAACAGAAGGUGGUGCUAAAAGUUCUGGCAAUGAAUGAUGAGAAGACUAAGCAGAAAGCCAUAGAAGCUGCCGCCGAUGUAUACGGGGUUGAUUCAAUUGCUGCUGAUCUCAAGGAGCAGAGGGUGACUGUAAUUGGAGAGAUGGAUGCAGUUGCAGUUGCAAAGAAGCUGAAGAAACUUGGAAAGAUCGAUAUAAUUACAGUUGGGCCAGCCAAGGAAGAGAAGAAAGAAGAGAACAAAGAGGAGAAGAAAGAAGAAAAGAAAGAGGAGAAGAAAGAAGAGAAGAAGGAAGAAAAAAAGUAGAAAAAUAUCAUACUCCAUAGGCAUAUACUGUAGAGGCUUUAGCUCCCAUAAAUUGAGAACAAAUGUGAGAGAUUGUACAAAUAAAGCAAAAGAAUUGAAAAUAUGUAUUAUUUAAUGCUCAACAUUUCCUUUAUAUAUUCCAUCAAAGGUGAACCAUUUCUCUA